AUGUUUACCACAAAACUUUCCUGCUUUCCAAAGUUGAACCGAAGUAUAUCGGCCUACCUCUUCUGUUUCUCUGCACGAAACGGGAGGUCGAAAGUAAUCCUCGCUACUUUGCCCCGAGGAAACUCCGCAUUGACACAGCCCGGAUCUCAUUCCUGGCACCUCCCUUUCAGGCUCCUUGGAGACCAACCAAGAACCCAUUGGGCGGAGUACAUAAAUGGAGCUCCCUUUGUCCUCGUCGCUCGGGUGCAUUUCCCGUACAUGCGCAUCUCCAAGCCGGGCAGUGAGGAUGAAGUAGAAUCCUCGGGUGAGGAUGAAGUAGAAUCCCUCGUCGCCCUCUUGCUACACGCACAAAUGAUGAAAUUAGGAAACUUGAAUGUCCCCAAGGUGGACGAGGGGUUUGCUUCCAUUCUCUCUGAGCGGAUUGCUCAGAACUCCCUCCAGGAAAGGCGGUUUUUCGUGGCGGGAAGGAACAGAUUUAAUGAAGACCUGAUUAUAAAAGUCCGUCUCUUCCCCGCCGCCAUUUUGGUGGCACGCACGCACCUUCUUGCGCGUGCAGACUUUGAACUCGACGGUUGGGCCGGCGGAAGAACUUAUUUAAGAGGAAACUUGAAUGUCCCCAAGGUAGACGAGGUGUUUGCUUCCAUUCUCCCUUGGCGGAUUACUCAAAACUCCCUCCAGAGAAGGCGUCCCUUUAUUGACUUUGCGAUACGAGACGAAUUGCGAGAUGAAAAACGAUUUUUAAUAGGGGCUUCGUUUUGUUUGAAGAACCUGGGUGCCAAUUGUUGUAUAAAUUGUACGCAUGAUGUGAUUAUCUUCUUCGAGCGUGAUAAAUACGCGGUUCCUGUUGAAUCGACUAAAUCUGGCACUCCUUAG